AUGGCCAACAAGGGUAAAAAGAAGUCAAAGACUAGCAGCGAUGCAGAUGGGAUCGACUUGUUCAAUGAAUACCUUAGUGGAGAGAAUGGUGAGGCCGCCAAUGAUGUUCCACAAGAUCAAGUAAUUCAAGAGAUAUUUCUGGCCAAAGAAACUGUUCAUGCGGAUGAUGCUAUCGAUUACGAAGGAAUCGAUGAGUUGGCAGAUGAAGAAGACUUGGAUGAUAUAUCUGGUGAUGGUUUUCCUGUUGUUCUGUCUGAGCCAGAUGCGACUGAACAGCAGGCCGAACAAGAUUUUGAUGAUAUCUUUGGAGGUGGAGAUGAUGAUGACCAGAUGGAUUCUCAAAAUAACAGACUCUUGGAUGGUCAUCUUGAUAAUGAUCCAUUGAUGGGCGAUGAUGGGUUUGGAAAUAUAGGUAUUGGAGACAUCUACCAAGAAAACUUUGAAGAUGAAGACAGUUCAAGAAAGCGCAGCAUGGAAGAAGACCAAGACUAUGAAGCCAAGCGAGCCAGACUAGAAAGAGCUGUCAAAAAGUUGGAAAGCAGGCAAUCCAAAAGGAACUUGCGAUAUUACUACCCAACUUUCAAGGCUGGGAAAGUUUUCAACAACCAUGAAUUAUUCAUAACCGAACCUCAGUACUACUCGUUUUCAGUGCCUCCUAUAAUGACAAAACCUAAACCAUUGGUUCCUACGAAAGUCAGUUUGCAGCCUGAUUUCGAUCAGCGUAAAGUAUUCAGAACUGGAAAGUACCCCUACAAUUACACAAGUCAACGACCUAAUGUAACAGAGAUAACUAGUAAUGAUAUUCGGUUGCUUGAGAGCAUCCAAGAAAAUGGUGGACUUGAUGCAAAGAAACUUGUUCCAUUAAGUUACCUACAGCGUGAUGGAACCAAUGACGACAAGUUUCGUGAAUUCAGUAAAGAUUUGAUUUUGGCUGUGACUGACUGGGACGACGAGGCAAUUAUUAAUGGUGCAAGCAAAAGCACCGCCACCAAACCAAGUAACCAAAAGGGGUCUUCCAUUAACUUAGACUUGACGGACGAAGUGGAAGAAGAAGAAGAGGAUGAAAACAUAUUCAAUGGCCAUAUUGAUACUGAGCUAAUUAAGUUGGACAUGAACGAUCCAAAUCUUUUAUUUGAGAACCUCAAACCUAACACAAAAAUCAAAGAAAAGUUACGGCAGCUUGCGUCAAUUCCCAGUUCCAACAAAUUACUUAACUUGAAGUUCAACAUAUCUAACGAUAAACAAUAUGAGAUCUUCAAGUCUAACUAUAAUGUCAAAGUUAGAAGUCAGAUUGGAAACUUGAAUAUCGAGCACUCUGUACCAGCUCUAAGAUUACAGUCUCCAUACUAUAAGGUUAAGCUCACGAACGACGAAGCACGAUCGUUCCAUAGACCAAGGUUCACUGUGAGACCUGGAACUUUGAUCAGUUUCCUGAAAGUAAAAGCCCGCAAAAGAAAAAAGGAUAAGGGAAAGACCUCCAAAGAGCUCUUUGCAAAGAGUACGGAUCUUACGGCCGGUGAUAAUACCACGAUCAUUUCUAUGGAAUAUACCGAAGAGUAUCCUAUGAUUCUUUCAAACUAUGGUAUGGGAUCUAAGUUAAUUAACUACUACAGAAGAGAAAAGCCAGAUGACAACUCCAGACCUAAAGCACCAUUGGGCGAGACCCAUGUGUUGGGAGUGGAAGAUAGGUCUCCAUUCUGGAAUUUUGGAUAUGUUGAAAAGGGAGACUUUGUUCCCACAUUGUACAAUAACAUGAUCAGAGCACCUAUAUUCAAGCAUGAAACUAAAUCCACAGACUUUGUGUUGGUAAGAUCACAAGGAGGCGGCAAUCACCAAAAAUAUUACUUAAAGAGUCUUGAUCACAUUUUUAGUGUUGGACAUACGUUCCCAAGUGUUGAAGUUCCUGCUCCACAUUCUAGAAAGGUGACAAACACAUCCAAGAACAGAUUGAAGAUGAUUGUCUUCAGGACCAUGAAUAAAAAGGGAAGAGCUAGAAUCAACGUUAAAGAUAUCUCACACCAUUUCCCCGACCAAAAUGAUAUGCAAAACCGUCAAAGACUAAAGGAGUUCAUGGAAUAUCAAAGACAUGGAGAAGAUCAAUACUAUUGGAAAAUCAAAAAUAGAGAUACUGCUCCAGAAGAGGAAAGUAUCAGAAUGAUGAUCAGUCCUGAGGAUGUUGCUUUGUUAGAUAGUAUGCAAGCUGGUCAACAAUUGUUGGAUGAUUUGUCUAUUUUCUUAAAUGAGGAACAAGAAAAGGCCAAGGUGAACAAAGAGAAAAUUCAACAACUUGAAGCCGAUAAAGAGAAUGAGGAUGAUUCCACCACCAAAGGAAAGGAGAAAGAUAAGAAAAAGGAGCGCAAAGAAAAGAAAGAGGAUGCCGAAGAAGGUAUAGACGAACAACUUACCUCCUGGAAUUUGACCAAGAACUUUGUAUCUGCCAAUCAAGCCAAGUCUAUGCUUCAACUCAAUGGGGAAGGUGAUCCAACCGGUAUUGGUAUUGGGUACUCAUUCUUGAAGACUUCCCAAAAGAGCUCAUUUAGUCCUUUGUUUCCUCCUCCCAAGGAAAAUGUUCCGAAGAGUAAUCAAGCGGCAUACCAAGCAAGGUUGUACGAGGAAGAGAUUACCCGAAUUUGGUAUACCCAAAGAAAGUCUUUGACUGUUGAUCGUGGGAAGUCAUUGCAAAGUAUUUAUGAAGAGUACAAACCAUUGGAUCAUGAUCAAUACCUUAAGAAGAAAUACGAGGAUGUCAACAGCGAUUUGACUAAGGGAAACAAGACUUUAAAGAUUAAUAGAAGAUCGAGAGACAAGAAUGGAAUCGUUCAAAGAAAAGUUGAAGUGAUCAAAGAUCCACGUAUUAUCAAAGCGUAUCUUAAACGAAAGAAGCAGAUUGAAGACGACUUAAUUAAAAAUACUGACUUGGAGGAUAUUCUUCCCACAAAUGAUAAAGAAUUGAACAAGAUCAGAAAAAAGGCCUUGGAAGAGAAAUUGGCUAACUUGGAAAGAAGAGCCAAACACCAUAAGGGUCGUAAAUCUGCGACUGCUAAAGAUCCAUUGCAACUGGUACUUGCCGCAGGUGGAAAGGCCAUUGAUGCUAAUACGGUUGUUCUACCUGAUGGAUCGUAUGCUAUACGGGGGAAAGGUAUUGGAAAAGGAAAAAGUACUACGAGAAGAUGUGCUGCAUGUGGGGCAUUUGGCCAUAUAAGAACCAAAAAAUCAUGUCCCUUGUACAACCAGACCCAAGGUGGAACAAUCGACAUAAAGCCACCUGAAGAAUCAGGACAGCUUGAAAUGUAA